GCCUGGCGAAGAAGUUCCUCCAUGAGUCAGCGGGAAUUUUCGGGAAUAGAUGUGGCUGCGUGUCACUCGAUUGUAGGGAAUUCCGGAAUGCCAGUGGCGGGGAAAUACGAAAUAAACAAUUUUAUCAGAUCUUCGGCCUUCAAUUUGAGGGUGAAGUUUGUGGCUACGAGUACGAGCAGUUUUUGAAAGCAAUUAGCCUGAAGGUAUUUGCCAUGCAUGCAGUGCCCUUAAAAUGGCUUAUUGAAACCGAUGUAGAUGCAUUUAAUUAGAAUGAAAUCCCAACUAAUUCGCUAUAAACAUAAGAGACCAUCAUACUUCACCCCAAAAAUUCACAAAUCCCACAUGGGCUUACCGCGGAAUGGAGUGCAGAAGCCAUUGCAAUUGAAAGUACUCGAUUCCCAUCGAAGACUUGCUCCCUGUGCUCGCAGCUGGAAGCCUAAUUGGUUCUCCCCCAGCGAAAUCCGAUUCUGAUUGUGACUAAUCCCAUAAUUGUGGCGUUGCCCGUGCAUAUUCAAGUGCAACCUCAAAUCGGUCAGCGGCAGCUCAAGUUGCAGAUUAGUUCAGUCGGUCGAAUCGGUGCGGUGCGGUGCAUAUCCGUAAAUAAGUCAGCGUGUGCUAAUUGCAUCACUUGUAUGCCACGGACCCGUAGCACGCUCCAAUUCGUCCGAUUAAAGUCAGGAGGAGGUCAGGCGAGUAAAGUGUCCUCCAAGUUGGAUUUCGAUGAGAGCGAUGGCAGCAACAAUCAGAAUCAGACGGGCUUACCCGGGCAACCAGGACAGGCGAGCGGAGCUGGAAAUGGAAAUGGGAGCUACGACCCGGGAACGGGACGAAGCCUAAGUGGUGGAGGAGGAAGUCCGGGCGGUGGCAGCAGCGGUACGUCCAGCGGGGGAAAUCGCCCCAAGAUCCACGGAGUACGGGUCACCGUCGAUACGGGCGAUGGGCAGCAGCAAACGAAAGAGUCCAAGGAGAGCGUGGAAAUUACGGAUUUGGGCAAGCACAAGAAGCGUGUGGGCAUCCACACGGACAUCACCUUCGAAAUCACCUCCGACUCGGACGGGAACGAGACCAGCUCCGCUCAGCAGCACGGCGACAAAGAGGACGCCAGUGUGCCCAUUUUCAAGGGUAGUGGGGGUAGCGAUUCUAAGCACAAGACCCGCAAGCCGUACGAUCCCAAGUCCCAGUGGAAUCCCAACUUCUCCGGCGAGCAGCGUGGCUACCAGGGAGCCAAUCGAGGUGGCUACCAGGGCUCCAGUCGCGGGGACUAUUAUCCACAGUACUACCCCGGUAACGUGUACACCGGCGGAAGUUCCGAUGCAGGCAGCAUCUACAGGAACGGCGAGACGUGGACGCACUACGUCCCGGUUUGGACCACGGAGCGGGCGCCGCAGGAACAGGGACAGAUUUAUCGGCGGCCCAGCUGGAAGCCCUGCUACUGCAUGUCAUCCACGGAGUUCAGGCGCCGUCGGGAUAGCAAAGCCAGAAGGGAGCAGGAGGAUCAGCACAAGGGUGUCGUCAACAGCGGGGUCGUCCAGGUGGUGGAUGGCAAGCUGGAGCGGCCCUUCUCGUGAGGCAAAGCCUUCUGCUGAAACCAAUUUCCAUUUUGUAAUUUGUUGUAAAGUUAGGCAAUGCACAAGUAUAUUUAAAAUAAAGCUGUAGUUUAGUUUUUUAGACAUUUAA